GAUACCAUUGUUCUGUGAUAGUGAGUAGUGGCUGGCGAGUUUAAUGAGCUCAGCCUCAGCUGGGGUUUGUGGGGCCUUGGCAAGUGGGAAAUGAAAUAGUUUCACUUUUCCCAAAGAAAGUAAAGAAGAGAAUCAUUCGUUCCAUUUCUAUUCGAUUUCCCGGUUUCAAAGGGGAUUUUAACUCUGCCAGGUCAGUAAAACAAAUUUCAGGAGGGAGUGUUGAUAUCUCACACACUAAGCUCAUAAUGGUGGCCGAUCUGAAAUCCAAGGGCGAAAUUUCCUUCGCAGGAACGUUCGCUAGUAGUGCUAUGGCUGCUUGUUUCGCUGAGAUUUGUACUAUCCCAUUGGACACUGCUAAAGUCAGGCUUCAGCUUCAAAAGAAACCUGUAGGAGAUGGAGCUUCUCUACCUAAAUACAGGGGAAUGUUGGGUACUGUCGCUACAAUUGCAAGGGAAGAAGGCAUGGCUUCACUCUGGAAAGGAAUUAUCCCUGGAUUACACCGUCAGUGCAUCUAUGGAGGUUUAAGGAUUGGAUUAUACGAACCUGUCAAGAGCUUAUAUGUUGGAAGUGACUUUGUUGGAGAUGUCCCGUUAUCUAAGAAGAUUCUUGCUGCACUAACUACUGGUGCUCUGGCAAUUGCAGUUGCCAAUCCUACUGAUCUUGUGAAAGUCCGACUUCAAUCAGAAGGAAAGUUGCCGCCUGGGGUUCCAAGACGUUAUUCUGGAGCAUUGAACGCUUACUCCACCAUUGUUAAGCAGGAAGGAGUUAAAGCUCUCUGGACUGGCAUUGGGCCUAACAUAGCUCGGAAUGCUAUUAUAAAUGCUGCUGAGCUGGCUAGUUAUGAUCAAAUUAAACAGACAAUUUUGAAGCUUCCAGGUUUCAAAGAUAAUGUUAUUACUCAUCUCCUUGCUGGUCUAGGGGCAGGAUUUUUCGCAGUCUGUAUUGGUUCUCCAAUUGAUGUGGUGAAAUCAAGAAUGAUGGGUGACGCAACCUACAAAAGCACCAUUGACUGUUUUAUCAAGACUUUGAAAAACGAUGGCCCUCUUGCAUUCUACAAAGGGUUCAUGCCAAAUUUUGGUCGGCUGGGAUCGUGGAAUGUGAUCAUGUUUUUGACUUUGGAGCAAACGAAGAAGUUCUUCACCAGAGAAGCUUGAAAAUUCGAAACAUGGACCCUUUGUAGGUUUCAUGGGUCGCAGUCUCUUAGUCAAUAUUUGAUGGGGUUUGCUUCAGAAACCCUUAAAAUUGGUCUCAUUAGGAAUAAUAGCCCUGCCCACGCUAUAAAUGUUAUUUUCUCAUUUUCCACAUUGACAAUGGGAACAUCUGAAUUUUUUGGAUACUCUUAUUUGUUUUUAGGGCUCAUUUUGGUGUUCCUUCUUUCUAUAACUUAAGAAUUUUCUUUUCAUGGUCUGGUAUAGACAAGUUAAAUAAUAGAAGCAAGAGGUUUUUCCCCCAA